AUGGCCCGUAAAAUACGUACCUCCUUUCUAUACGUUGUUGCAGCCAUUGUCUUUUGCGCUACUCUUUACUACCACUUCCUCUGGAACGCCAUCUUCGCUUCCUCUGCCACCGCCGUCGUCCAGACCACCGCCAUAUCUUCCAUCAUCAAUAAUGCAGUUGAUGAAAACAUCACCUCCCCUCGCCUAGCUCCUCAAGUCAACAAUCCAUGGACAAUCUCCACCACAUCGAUUCUUAUCCCCGACUGGGAGGUACUGGUUAUUGUUUCGCCGGAAGACACCCCAUUGCUGACGUCAAAUUCGGGCGACUAUGUUUGUUUGUAUGAGAACAACGAGGUUUCGCCGGCUGUACCUGCUGUCGUCCUUCCUUUUCCGGACCGGGCGACGUUUAAAUGCUUGUUUCCGAAAAGGUCUCGCCGGGUACAUCCGUUUAAACAGCCAAUUUUCAUGAAAUCCACUGAAACUCCGCCAGGGACGACUUCUCCGUUGACGGAGCUUCUCCGUUGGACCCAUAUAGUGUACGAUUCGUUGACAACGGACGAAGACAUAGUUUUGUUUGUGAAGGGCGUCAAUAAUCGUCAAGGAAUCAAUCGGGAGCCGAGCGAAUUCCGUUGCAUAUUCGGCGACGACCAAAUUAACGCCGUCAGAACAGCCGUUACUACUUCUAUGCAAGAAGUGUUCCGCUGUCAACGCCCAGAACUCCCAGAACUAACAGCAGUUAAUUCAGUUGACAAGGAUAUUGAUCAACAGAGAAUCAAAGUCUCCCUCGAAAUAGUUGAAGGAAAUAGGGUUGUCCCCUCCGUGGCGUACUACACCAACACGCGCAAGUUAGACGCGGGAAAGCGAAAAUCGCUAUUGUGCGCUAGUACAAUGGUGUACAACGUUGGCAAGUUCUUGAAAGAGUGGGUGUUCUACUAUUCAAGAAUUGGAGUUGAAAAAUUCUUGCUUUAUGACAAUGGAAGUGAUGAUGAUCUGGGAAAAGUUGUUGAAGAACUUGUUCAAGAGGGUUUCGAUGUGAACACUUAUUCUUGGCUAUGGCCAAAAACUCAAGAGGCUGGUUUUUCACACAGUGCAAUUUAUGCUAAAGAUUUUUGUACAUGGAUGAUGUUCAUGGAUGUGGAUGAAUUUGUGUACUCCCGAUCAUGGAAAAAUUCAUUAGAGCCAUCAAAAUCCAUGUUACAUUCUUUAAUUUUGUCCAAAUCGAGUGAAUUUUCAUCUUCAAUGAAGCUAUCGUUGCCGGUAUCAGAAAUAGGACAACUUAUAAUUGAAUGUCUUGAAUUUGGGCCAUCAAAUCAAAGUACUCAUCCAAUUAUGGGAGUGACACAAGGGUACAAUUGUAGGCGAAAACAUGAGAAUCGGCAUAAGUCUAUAUUAUUAUUAGAAGCUGUUGAUGAUUCUUUGCUUAAUGUGAUACACCAUUUUACUUUGAAGCCAGGGUACAGAUCAAGAAAAUUGAAUUCAAAGAAUAUUGUGGUGAAUCACUACAAGUAUCAAGCUUGGCCAGACUUUAAGGCCAAGUUUAGGCGGCGCGUGUCGACAUAUGUUUUGGAUUGGACGCAGCCAAUAAAUCCUAAUUCAAAUGAUCGGACGCCUGGAUUAGGAUUUGCACCUGUUGAGCCUCAAGGUUGGCCUCAAAAGUUCUGCGAGGUACAUGAUAACGGACUAAAGAACUUGACAAGAAGAUGGUUCCGGGUCGAGUCCUCCUCCGGUGAUCACCAAAUGUCUUGGCAAAGAUGA